UGACUGCUGUAGCCGAGAGCCCGAGGUUGGUCAGUGUUGACAGAAGAGCAGCAUGAGACCCUUCUCUGCUCGGAUCAUGCAAGCAUGGGGAUAUUUGGAGAACAGUUUGGAGACAGUUUGACAGCUCACCCGAAGAAAAGAAACAUGUGGAGGACCCUAGCACUGUCACUGAUAGUUGCACUGGUAUUGGGCACAGCGGUGUCCCAGUCUGAGGAUGUGGGGUCAAUGGUGUCUGUGGAAAGGGAGGUGGAUGAGCAGCAGGAGAAUUUCAGUGACAUUUCCGCCGUACUAGGAGAAUCCCGGCCCCAAAUCCUGGCUGCUCAGUUUGAGUGCUACCUGAAGAUAAUCCAUGAUCCGCCACGUCUAGAGGAAGGUUCUUACUGUAACCGUACGUGGGACGGCUGGCUGUGCUGGGGGGAUUCAUCUCCAGGGACUGUCAUGCAGAUGUGUCCUGAAUACUUUGCUGACUUUGACCCUGCUGAGAAGGUUACCAAAGUGUGUAAUCCUGGUGGCCAGUGGUUCCACCACCCAGAGAGCAACAGAGUCUGGACUAACUACACCCAGUGCCAGGCCCACACCAAGGACAAACUCAAGAUUGCCAUCAGUCUCUACUACCUGGCCAUGGUGGGUCACGGUCUGUCCAUUGUGUCCCUGAUCAUCUGUCUGAUCAUCUUCUCCUACUUCAAGAGUCUGAGCUGCCAGAGAAUCUCCCUCCACAAGAAUAUGUUUCUCUCCUUCAUCUUGAACUCCAUUAUUACUAUAAUAUGGCUCUCGCUCACUGCGGGCAAUAACCAAGCCAUAAAUGCCACCAACCCAGUGAUCUGUAAGGUCCUGGCUGUGCUGAAUCAGUAUACGUCUACUUCCAACUACUUCUGGAUGCUGUGUGAAGGCAUCUACCUCCACACACUCAUCAUAGUGGCCGUCUUUGUCGGGGAACAGCAGCUCUUCUGGUACUAUGUCCUGGGAUGGGGUUUUCCCAUCGUUCCUGCCAUCACGUAUGCUGUGGCUCGUGGGCUCUUCUUUAACGACAAGUGUUGGAUCAGCUCAAACACACACCUGCUCUAUAUCACUCAUGGGCCAAUUCAAGCUGCACUGCUUGUUAACUUUUUCUUUCUACUGAACAUCGUCCGCGUCCUAAUCACCAAGCUGAAAGACACCCACUGUGCUGAGUCCACAGCCUACAUGAAGGCAGUGAGAGCCACCCUCAUCCUCAUCCCCCUGCUGGGAGUGCAGUACAUCCUUUUACCCUCGAGGCCAGAGGGACACAUCAGCCGGGCCAUCUAUGAUUUCUUUGUAAAUGUCGUCAGCCACUUCCAGGGACUCCUAGUGGCAGUUAUAUUCUGUUUCUGCAAUGCUGAGGCCCAGACAGCGCUGAAGAGGAAGUGGGCUCAGUUGAAGUCUGCCUGGGGCAAAACACCUAUUACCAACAACCACUUUAACUACCACAAUUCCUCCAUUACCGAAACCAGCCGCGCCACCAUCAAUUUGGAGCAGCCCGCUGCUGCGCCUUCGGUAAACAGUCACUUCGUCCAGCAGAAAGCCAACGGGCAGCAGAAGAACAGCAAAACAUGCAGCAACGGGGAGGUGGACAUGAUCAACAAGUUGGAGACCACCGACAUCUGAGUGGAGGUGAUAGUUGUAGUGCCAAACACACACACACACACACGCUUAUAUGUAGACAGAAGACAAAAAAAACAGAGAUUGUGUAAGUACAAUACAUACUAAAUAUCUGAAAAGCACUUAAAGAGCAUGUGAUGUUCAUACACAGACAUUUUUUGAACUCGUAUAAACUGAUGAGAAAUAAUCAUUAUAUCAUGGUGUCAUCCUGUAAUCCUAGUGUAGUCAUGGUUUUGUGUACAUGUGUUCUGUUGCUGGGAUGAAGUCCACUUAUGUAUUUCAGUAUUUUUUUUGUUUUUAUAAUGUAUUUCCUGUUAGAGUUUAGAAAGAUGCCAAUCCUAAACCUGCCAUUUUGAUAUCACAAAUGUAAAGCUGUGUGUUUGUGUAAUCUGCUGCCUUAUGAAGCCUCUGAAUGCUUUACCCCACACACCACUGUGACCAAUGAAUGUCAAAGCCCACUGAUGUGAUCUAUACGUUUCUUUUACAUGCUUUUAUCUAAGACAGAUAAUAUAAUCAUCAAUGGUCUGCAGAAAGCCAGCAAGAAAAUAAAAACUAUCAUGUUUACAGGAUGAAACAACAAAAGCGACGUAAUCAUGGUUGAGAUUUCCUGAUGACAUGUAACAAAAAUAGGACUCUCAGUCAGAGGAAGUGUACAAUGGCCAGAGGGCUCAAAGCCCUACAAAGGCAAAACACAGUAACUACAUAUUUGGUCAUAAUUGAGUAAAGAGAAUAAUCUGACGGUUUGGCAUCCCUUUUACCAAAUGAAACCAUGGCACGUAUUGCACUCUCUGUCACAGAAAGACAGCACAUUAGCUAAAGUAAAAAAAGGUAACUAAGGUAAAGCUGGCUAGUGAAAUAGCCUCAGCUAGCUAAACCUACAUUUAUUUACUUUACUUUAUUUUUGUUUAAUUGAAAAAUAUAGAUUUUGAUGACAUCUGGUUACUUCACUUUGUUAUUCCAUGCAACUAAAUGAGACAGUUGUAAAAUCCAGUCAUGAUGGAGAAAAAAAUGAACAUUAAUUCAACUAAAGUCGGUCAUCUCAGCUUUGGACUCUAGUGGAAUUUUAUGGUUUGGUGAGGUUCAGUUACCUUUAAAUUACAUGUUUAAAUGUUUUAAAUUGUAAAUUAAUAAAAAUAUUAUAAGUAGGUGGACAAACAGGGUUAGGGUUAGGGUUAGCCGCCACCUUGGCAGUCCUGACUCUGCCAGCUCCUGGCUAAUCCAAAAAUGGGCAAAGUGGUGGAGCGUGGGUGGAGCUGAGUGGAGCUGACUGAAGCAAGGUUACUGAAACCAGCUGCCUGUGAUCACACCCGCCUGUUACUCAAAGCGACCAUUCCCUUAAUUAUGUAUAGCUUUCAGCCUUAAUAUAUCUUAAAGCGAUGAGUCAUCCACCAUACAGUUACGAGAAAGGAAUUUAGCCAUAGAGACCGAAACCGUUUUUUUGUACCAGGCUGUAAACAUGUUUAUUUCUGCUGUAAAGUUAGACAUUUUAGUAUUUGGGCUUAUGGAGUGUGACUCACUUCUGUAGCCAGCCUUAAGUGGCCGCUCAAGGGACUGCAGUUUUUGGCACUUCCGCAUUGGCUUAACUUGCUAGCCACAGAAGUUGCUGCUUACCGCAGCCUAAAAAGGCAUAAAAUGAGUCUGUUUUACUGUUUGCCAGCCGUUGCAGCUUUAAACCUUUUUGUCAACUUCACUGUUUCUGUAGUAUUGACUCUUAGCCUUUGUAACACAUUAUGGUUUAGCUAAAAUUUGUUUAAAUGCUUUAUCCCCACAUUAUUGUUGUAUAAUAAGUUUGUUAAAGUUGAUGCUUAUACCAAUCUUGCCAAUAUUUAUUUACUUUUAUGGCAAAUAAUCAGAGCUCAUUUGAAUGUGGAAUGUACUCUGAAUGGGCUUCUGACUUUAAUGAUUCAUAUACACAGCUCAGCUUCAGUAGGAGAUAAAACUGUGGCAAUACAUUUCUCCAUAGUAUAACAGCCUGGCACGACAGCUAAACGUGUAUGUAAAGUAGUGUGCAGCUAAUUUUGAGCCUCAUCUGAUUUGAUCUGAUUUACUUCCUGGAACUAAAUUAUGUGCUAAACAUUACCGGCUCCACCUCUUCCCACUCUCUCCUCUGGUGCAGAGAUAAUGAAGAUGUGGAGUGAUGCAAUAAUUUCACUCAUACUGAAUCUCAGUCAUUUGGGCCAAUAAAUAGCACACAUACAAUAGAUUUAAAAGCACUGUAGUGUGUGAAAUCAUGUAUGUAAGGAGUGUGAGGAGCGUGUACUUUUCAUAAGGACUCCCUCCAACUUUGUUACAAUUGUUUGUACAAUUGGUGGGAAAAUUUUCCUUACGAUAGGAAAUCUGAUGAAAACAAAGACGAGACAGAGCUACACAUUAAGAAUUCCAUUUUAAAAUGUGUCUGUGUCAGAUAUAGCUUUGGCAGACAGAACGGUGCCAGAUUAGUUUAUAAAUUAGGAAUGAAUGUUUAUUCCAUCUCCUAUUAACUCCCCCUUCAGUCAGCAUGGGAACGAGACGAUUUCAUGUCUUUAUUACAGUAUUAUUAUAGUGUUCCUAUUGCUUUGUAAUAUAAGUCUGUUAUUAUUGUUGUGGCUGUUAAAAUAGGCUGUUUCCCUGUUUCUAAUGGUUUGUAUGGUUGUUACAAUGUGCUUUUUUUUCAAAUGCACAAAUACAAUUUACUGCCACUUCACGGAGAUAUAAUUUAAUAGUUUUUCCAUUACACAUGUACCGUGCUGUGUGUACACUGGCGGGCUACAGUAGCAGCACCUUUUCAGUUUCCACUGGAAUACUGAGCGAGCCUUAUGUUUGAAAGUGAGCUCAAAUGUGGUGUUCUUCCAGGAUGCACCCACACACAACGUACUGGUAACACAAAUGUUCCAGUGUGGAUACAGCAGGGUACACUGAUGCACGGGGAAUAAGACACUAUUGUGGUAAGAAAACAGCUGAGUAUGAGAAGGCUCUGUUAAAGAGUGGUGGUUCUCAACUCAUUCUGCACAGGGAUCCCACUCUGUAUACUUUUGCCAAUGCUGCCCAGUAGAGAAACAGCUGUCAUGGACAUAUUUGUAAAGAAAUUUGAGAAACAUUCCAAUAAAACGUAAAAAGAAAUGUUCAAUUCAAGCACAUUAUUGUAUAUAUAUAUUUUUAACACUGCCAUUUAUUUGUGGAAAUAAAGUUGUUUAAACAUAAA